UAAUACAGUUCUCACAGAUCGAUUAGGACCUGUGUUGCUCUUCAUAAGCAGAAGUUAGACACACAUUACUGUGGUCUCUGUGUUGAUCUCACACAAGAAACUGUGAGACAGACAGGAGAACCAGGGCAAGACGAGACUCGACGGCGGGGCGGUGCUCUUCGUUUCCAGCGUCUCAUUGGCUAAGAGAGAGAGUUUGAGCGCCUUCAACACCUUCGGUUCAUACCUGAGACGCUGCUGGACGCUCACAGAAAUGGAAGGAACGCUGGGAAUAUUUGGGAUAUGUCUGCUCUUCGCUGGAGUUCACAUGACUUCGGGCACAACCGUAAACAUCCCAGAUCCGGAAUAUAAGAUUGCGAGGGGUGAUAAUGUGAUCAUACCCUGCACUUUCACACCAGGUAACACUAUCGUGUCAAUAUCUUGGACAGCAGAGCCAGAUGUACAGGGUCAAUCAGAGAUUAAAGUUGUUGAUUACUUCAUUACCGGGAAUAAAAUGACGGUAUUCAAGAAAUAUAAAGGCAGGGCAAGUGUAGUUGUGGAUAUGGCCAAAGGAACAGCCAACCUGCAGCUCCAGAGUGUCACCAGCGCAGACACACGGGCCUACGAGUGUAAAGUCCAGGACCCGGACGAUGAGGAGGGCAAUCUGUCGGACACGGCCAAACUCAUAGUCCUGGUGGCUCCAUCGACGCCCGUCUGCAGUGUUGUGGGGAAGGCAGAAUACUUCGAGAACAUCGAGCUGACCUGCCGCUCUGAGGAGGGAACCCCGACGCCGACUUACAAAUGGCAAAUCUACAGCGUCAGUAAUGUCCCAAAACCCCUGCCGCCGAAGGCCACUGACCUAAACGGAGUUUUGUCUCUUGUCAACAUUUCCAUGGACACCUCUGGCUACUACACCUGCACAUCCACCAAUGAAAUCAGAUCUGCAAAGUGUAAUCUGACCCUGGCUGUCAUGCCUCCGUCCAUGAACUUGGCCUCCACAGCCGGGAUCAUCGGAGCUGUGGUGUGUGUAGCUGUUCUUCUGGGAAUCAUCGUCCUCAUCUGCUGCUGCUGCCGUCGCAGGAGAAAACAGGCUGAGGAAUACGCAAUGGGAACUCCUGAAGAGUUCACAGACAAGGACCCUGAAGGAAGAGCGGACGAGCGCGCCGAACACGUGAACCAGGAGGAAGAGCGUCGCGUGAAAAGCGCAGACAAGCGCGACCCACCUGACGACCGCAGCGAGAAGAGCUACGAUCGGCGCAGCGACUACGACGACCGGAGAGAGCAGUACAACGACAGACGAGACGACCGCGGCGACCGGCGCGAGAGGUACGAUAGAGACGACCGGCGCGACCGUUACGACGAUCGCAGAGACCAAUACGAUGACCGUCACGAUCGCUACGACGACCGCAGAGAUCGUUAUGAUGAUCGCAGAGACCGCUACGACGAUCGCAGAGACCGCUAUGAUGACCGCUACGAUAGCGACCGUUAUUCCGACCGCUACGACAGUCGCGACAGACCUCCUAGCGUUCCACCGAACAAACCCAGAGAACCACGGAACUGAGGUGAGCAGGCGCAGAGUCGAUCCUCAGAAAUACACAGAAACUAGAGAAAAUGGACAAAUAAAGGUUUUAGUACCUCAUAUGCUGAAUAUGAAAUUUGACAGAAUAAGGGGCGUGUUUACACGUUGGUGUCUUUUUUGACAAGAAAAAGCUUCCAAGAGCAGGGUUUUACUUACAAACAGCAGCCAAGGACGUCUUUUGUUGCUAUAGCAACUGCAGCAACAGUAGCCUGUGUCCUGGGGAAAAAUAUCAAUAAAGUUCUUGCGUCAUCUUUUGAAGUUAACGCGAAGGUGAAUAUUAUUCACAAUGACGUUCGUGGGAAUGUAAAUACAGGGAAGAAAACAGUAUGAGGGCUUACAACAAUCUAGUCCCGGAGCCUGGAUAAGCAGAAUAUUUUAGACUAUAUCAAAGACUACCCAAGAAUAUCAAAGAAUACCCAAGACGUGUCACAAAAGCAACGCUUAACAUAGCUGAUCAAUCUCCAGCCGCUGAUUCAUAAGGUCAGGGGUCACCGCGUCGGACAGGUUCGGGUUGUCUAGGGCUGCACUGAUCUCGAUCUCAUCUGAGAGAAAAAACUUUUAUAACGUUGAGCGAAAGAAACAACAUUUAUUAUACAGUUGUUGUCAGACAUUACUGGUGACUUCAAUUCUGAAAUUUACUCGAAAGCUUAGUGAACCGUUUGGGAGUAUUAGAUGUUUCCACAUUCAAAGAGAUCUUCUGCAUUUUUCUUUUUGUUGUCAUGUAAACGACUCGCUGCUGGCUUGUGAUUGGUCAGCUCUAAAAAAUGUGCUUGAUGUAAGGUUUUUUCAGAAAUGUUAUUUCAACUUGAAAAGACGUCCUGAUCUGCAGAAAAGAUGCCGGUGAUGACAACUAAAAAAACCACUCAACUCUGCUUUGUCCUGCAAAGUUUAGCUCCAAGUCUAAUCAAAUACACCUGCUUUUUAUUUUCAAGCGAUCCUGAAGACCUUUAGUCAGGUGUGUUUGAUUAGAGCUGGACUUUUCAGGACAGUAGUUCUGAUUCACUCCACAGAAGUAUAAUGUAAAACAGUCUCUGACCAUUUUAAAAAAAAGACACCGAUUGUAAACAUAGCCUAAAGGUCUUCAAUACAUCUACCACCACACUCUCUUAUGUGUUUAUGUUUUAAUGUGAAAUAAUGGGGUUGGUUUGCUGUUUAUUUGUAUUGUUACAACCGAACUGUAUUCACGUCCAUGUUGUAGUUCUGUUUCUUUAUUCUUUAGAUCUUUCAUGACUCUUUAUUGACGUGCUUUAUUUUUGCAUUGUUUCAAAAUAAAACGUUCAAGUAAAUUCACACAGGUCUCACUGAAGUUCCUGAUUAAGAUGUUUAAUAUUCAGGCUUCUGUUUUAAAGCUGAACUUCUCUCUUCAUUAUGAGUCAUUGUUAUGAAAAGCGGUCCUGUAGCUCAUGAUGACGUCGGUCUGAGAGUUUUGCACAAGGCCAUUUUCAGCCAAGAUGUAAUUAAAUAUAAUUAUUCUUUAAUAUUCAAGUGGCAUCAUGUUAAGGAAAAUGUGUUCAGCUGUAUAUGACAGAAAUGUAUUGUUCGACCUGGGGAUGCUGUUUUUUAUGAUUAAUUUGAUCUGCUUUUGAUUGAUUCUACACACGUUCUGAUAUCGUUUCUCGUGUCAUUUAUUUUGCAGGAUGUUACAUGACAACCAUUAAAUACGUGUUUUUGCUAA